AGGAAGAUGGAUUGUGACUCCGUCAAAUAAUUAGUUUUUAUUGUAAAUUGAAACCUUAUUGCUUUAAUUUUAAUAAGUGAUAUUAAAAUAAAUGUAUCAUAAUGGAAUACCUUACGAAUAUAAACUGGAACAAAGUCACGCCAUGCCUUAUGCUACUAGUAUUAGAAGUAUUAUUAGAGUUUUCAGAAUGCACUAGCCAAGCUGAAGUGAACAAGCACUUGGAGCUAGGGCGGGAUUUUUUGGCGCGGGGGCAGCUGUCAGAUGCGCUGACCCACUAUCAUGCUGCAGUGGAGGGCGACCCAAACAACUACCUCACAUAUUUUAAGAGAGGCACGGUGUACUACGCCCUUGGCAAAGCCAAAUUUGCCCUACAAGACUUCACUAAGGUUUUAGAACUAAAAUCAGACUUCACAGCGGCCAGACUCCACAGAGCUAAUGUGUACCUCAAGCUGGCACAGUAUACAGAUGCCAAGGAAGACUAUCUACAAGUUACAUACAGUGAUCCAUACAACGAGGAGGCGGUGUCGUGGUACCACCGUAUUGACGAGCUAGCGGACGACCUGCGGCUGGCAGAGGCGUACUACAGAGGGGGCGAGUACCGCGCCGCCGCGGAGCUAGCUACGCGCCUACUCGAGCUGUCGCCCUGGUCCGCGCAGCUCAGGCAUCUGAGAGCACAGUGUUAUAUUGCUACUGAUGACCUGUUCUCAGCGGUGUCGGACAUCAGGUCGGUGAACCGUCUGCAGCAGGACUCCACGGACGGCUACUUCCGACUGGCAGAGCUCCUCUACCAGCUGGGACACGUCAGCGACGCGCUCAAGGAAAUCAGAGAAUGUUUGAAGCUAGAUCCAGAACACAAACAGUGCUUCCCGUUGUACAAGAAGCUGAAGAAAGUGGACAAGUUACUUCUAGACUGCGAGGAGAAGAGCGAGAACAGAGACUUCCUGGGCUGCGUGGAGAGUGCUAACAAAGUGUUGAAGAUCGAAGACGAAGUUACGUUAGUCGUUUAUGAGGCUAGGAAGUGGCUGUGCGUUUGUUAUAAUAAGGAGGAGGAGUACACGCAGGCGCUGGGCGAGUGCGGGCGCGCGCUGGAGCUGCGGCGCGAGGCGCGGAUACUGUGCGAGCGCGCCGACGCGCUGCUGCACCUCGCCAUGUAUGACGACGCGAUCCACGCGUACAAGGAGGCUCUAGAGGUGGAGGAGGGCAUGCAGCGGGCGAAGGAGGGCAUCAGCAAGGCGCAGAAACUGCAGAAGCAGGCGGAGAGCAGGGACUACUACCAGAUACUGGGCGUUAAGAGGAGUGCGACGAAGCAGGAGAUAGUGAAGGCGUACCGCAAGGCGGCGCAGAAGUGGCACCCCGACAACUACCAGGGGGAUGAGAAGAAAAUUGCUGAGAAGAAGUUCAUUGACGUCGCAGCCGCUAAGGAGGUGUUAACGGACCCGGAGAAGCGAGCACAAUUCGACUCGGGCACGGACCCGCUGGACCCCGAGUCCGGGCGCGCCGACUUCCACUCCCCCUUUGCCCACUUCCACCACGGCAGCCCCUUCCAGUUCAAGUUCCACUUCAACUAGCCGCGUGCCACCCCACAGACGCUUCCACAGUGUUUGGUGAAAAUCACAUCAACAUAUCCAAGGACUACUGUCAAGAUACCAGGACACUCCAGUGUUUGGUGAAAAUAACAUUAUCGUUAUCCAAUCUGCAGUCUUAGCCAACAUGUUUUCGAUUGCUUUGUAUUAAAAUCGCCGAUCAAAGUGUGUGAAAUUGACAUGAAAUGAAUCGAAUAUCGACUCUAUUACUUAUCGAACAUACGUCAAUUCCAUACAUUCUUAAUCGUCGAUUAUAUAAAGAAAACGUGUUGGCUAAGCCCAGAAAUUCUACUGUAGAGAUAAUAUCUCAUAUUGUCCAACAAUACCUUGUCGUCGGAGACGCAUUUAAAUUAUUAUUGGAGUUAUUUUCACGAUAAUAAUUAUAUUGUCAUCAACCCGACCGCACAAAAGAUUGGCUGUGGCAUUCAUUUUGUCUAAAAAA